AUGAGUGUUGACUAUAUACUAGGUCUCGUCAGGACUGUGCGUGACACAAAAGAUUCCAGUGAAUACAGCACUCCGCUGGAUAUUGCCCGGGAACAUGGAUGGAAGGACCUCUACGGCAAGCUUAGUCCCGUUAUCAGGAGGCCAGUUAACCACAAGGCAUUACAGGCUCUCCAGCUCCACCUCCACAACUUGAUCAGAGAUACCUUCGGCACCCAUCCUGAGGCACAUCUCGCUUGCUUCCUCCUUCCAGAGCUGGAGAUCCUGACCGAGUUUGACCGGUCGAGGAUAUGGUUCCCCUUGAAUCCUGAACUGCUUGACACCAGAGACGGACUGGCCGUGCACAUCGUUCUGGAACGGAAUGAGCUAGUCGUGGUCAUGCGGUGGGGGAGAACCGUGAGGAAGAGCUAUCGGAUUUCAAUGUCAGGAGUGCAGGAAAUCCAACAAGCUGUUGUGCUUCACUGA